UAGGUUCGACUCUCAUAAAUUAUAAUUUCUAUGCGAUUCUUCUACCUCAAUAUUAUAUAAGUAUAGUAGUAAAAGAGUAUUCACUAAAAAGACAUUGGGAGAACAGGAAGCGGGGCUGGGAAGACAACGCCAAAAGCACCAACCAGCCACUUGCCGCUACUGACACAGAAAUGGAAUUUGCCACCAAAUGGCUGGGAUUCGUCACCGCCGUCUGGGUCCAAGCUAUUUCCGGCAACAACUACACUUUCUCCAACUACUCCGCCGCCCUCAAAACCCUCAUGGGCCUCACCCAGCUUGAACUCAACAACCUCUCCGUCGCCAAAGACGUCGGCAAAGCCUUCGGUCUCCUCGCCGGGCUGGCUUCCGAUAAACUGCCGACCUGGGUCAUCCUCCUCAUCGGCUCCGUCGAGGGUCUCGUCGGCUACGGCGCCCAGUGGCUCGUCGUCAGCGAAAGAAUCAAGCCCCUCUCCUACUGGCAGAUGUGUAUAUUUCUCUGCAUGGGCGGCAACAGCACGACGUGGAUGAACACGGCGAUUCUCGUCACAUGCAUCCGAAACUUCCGGCGAAACCGGGGACCAGUUUCGGGGAUUCUGAAGGGCUACGUGGGUCUCAGCACCGCCAUCUUCACCGAACUCUGCGCCGCUCUCUUCAACAACGACCCCGCUAGCUUCCUCCUCAUGCUCACCGUAACCCCCUUCGCCGUGUGCGUAACCGCCAUGCUCUUCCUCCGCGAGGUCCCCCCUUCUUCCUCCUCCUCCCAAGACAACCGCGACUCCAGAUACUUCUGGGUCAUCAAUGCCGUCGCCGUCUGCGUCGCACUCUACCUCCUCGCCUACGACUUCAUCCCAAACCCUUCGAACCUCUUGUCCCUAAUCUUCUCCGUCAUUCUGUUAAUCCUCCUGGCGUCGCCGCUCGCGAUUCCUGCGUACGAGUUUUGCACCGCGUGGGCCUCGAAGCCGGACCUGGUCGCGUCAGAGUCAGGUCCAGAUCCAAACACCCGAUCUGACGAGCCACUUUUGAGGCAGACGGCAGCGGACGACACACAGCACAAGCCAGAGGUGGCUGCUGCGGCGGCGGAGGUGGUGGAGGCGAAAAGGAGGCCGGUGCUCGGGGAGGACCACACCAUCUUCGAUGCGAUGGUGACGUUGGAUUUCUGGAUUUUGUUCGUGUCGUUUUUGUGCGGGGUGGGGACGGGUCUGGCGGUUAUGAACAAUAUGGGGCAGAUUGGAUUGGCGCUCGGAUACGUGGACGUGUCGAUCUUCGUUUCGCUGACGAGCAUUUGGGGUUUCUUCGGGCGGAUCGGUUCGGGUAUGAUUUCGGAGUACUUCAUCAGGAAAGCUGCAAUACCAAGACCUCUAUGGAAUGCUGCUUCUCAGAUUCUAAUGGCUGUUGGCUACAUCCUCAUGGCCAUUGCCAUGCCCGGUUCGCUAUACAUCGGUUCGAUCGUCGUUGGCAUUUGCUAUGGAAUUCGUCUUGCCGUCACAGUCCCCGCCGCAUCUGAACUAUUUGGUCUCAAGUGCUAUGGAAUUAUUUACAACAUUCUAAUCCUCAACCUUCCACUGGGCUCCUUCCUCUUCUCCGGCUUGCUUGCCGGACUAUUGUACGACAUGGAGGCUACCACCACGGAAGGAGGUGGCAACACCUGCGUCGGCGCACAUUGUUACAGGCUCGUGUUCGUCAUCAUGGCCAUUGCCUGUGUUAUUGGGUUUGGUUUGGACAUUUUGCUGUCCAUUAGAACCAAGAAUCUUUACACGAGGAUUCAAGCUGGCAAGAAAACAAGGAGAGUGGUUAAUGGCACACAGUAGGGUAAACAAAUGUAGCACUUGGUCCCUUUAAAUUUUGGUUUGAUGUAAUAGGUAAAUUAGACUAUUUUAUAGGUAAGAAUUGUGCGGAAUAUAUGGCUUUUGUUUUGUGUAUUAAGGAUUUGAAUAUUAGCUGAAGCUGUUUUAGGUUUAUUGUUUUGUUGGUAGGUAAAUUAACUUAUAUAUGUAAUGCACAAAAUUAUGAAAUUAGUAUUAUUAUUUUUCAA